UUAGGAGUUCGAUUCUUGAUUUUCCUGUGAUAUGUUGCAGUAGAGGGCUUGAUAGUCUCUGAUCUCUGACGUAAGGAAUCCUACCAUAUGCAUGGCCUGAACGUUGUCUCAGAAGUCAUUCUAAGCUAGUAGAGACCAGAUAGCUAAACUGGAGAACACAGGAAGGGAAGAAUUUAGACACUGUAAUGUAAAUUAUAGGAUUAAACAGAAAUUGUAUUCUGUUUUUACGUUUGUGAGAUGUUGAAUGCGAGAAAAUGAUUUGUGGUCACAGUGAGUAACAAGCUGAAUGCACAUUACACGUACCUCACAUGCUAUCAAUAUUCCUAAUUUCAUAAUCCUGUGUCCGCAGUUCGAUAUACACUUGUUUUCGCCAGUUCUGUUCUACUCUACGCAUGCAACCAUAGAUGCUGUGUGGUUGGUCCAGAUGGGAAGGUGGGGUUCUUGGUAAGGAAGGGGUGAAGGGACAUGUGGAAUAGUUCAGUGAAGGGAAGGAGGGGAGAUAUCCGAAGGGGCGUGCCGGCGUUGUAUGAGGCCAAAGGUACGGCAAAAGAAGACGCAGCUACGGCGGAGAUGUAGACUCAAAGGAAAUAACGAAAUUAAAAAAGAGAGAGAAGGUAGAAGAGUGAGCGAAAGAAAAGGAUGGUGAACGGGACAAGUCUGUGUCGGGUUCGAAUAGUUGUAUGCUGAAGGAGUGAGAGAGGGGGAAAGAUGUAGUUUUCCAACUGUCAGAAAGAGACGCCGACUCGUAAUGCAAGAGCGCAGAAGCCGUUCCCGUAGUCGUCUGUCUGUCUCUCUCUCUCUCCAGUACAUGGAUUUUUGCUGCCCGCUUUUACGGCGCUGCUUACUCCUAGCUGAAUGCUCAAGCCUACACAAACGGAGCCCUACUCUCCGCAAAGUGAAAUUAUUAACGUGCACUGUCAAGACGGGAAAAUGGAUCAGAACGCGCGCUAUAAUUAGCCUCACAGAAGAGGACAUUCAGAUGGUAAUAUUGAGUGAAUCAGGGUAGACAACAUCUCCAGUUUUCGAGUUCUUACAGACGAAAGGUUAAGUGUGGAAUUGUCUUAAGAAAUAAUACGGGUUUGACAUUUGAUUAAUAACGAAGAAAGAAACCUCACAGGAGGUUGUGACGAGCCUGCAAGGCACCUGCGAAGCGAGUCAGCCAUACAGGUGAAAUGUAGGACACGCUCUGUCGUAACAUCCAUAUUCCUGCCUUCGAAGUGCUUUCAAGUCGGACCACUAAAGAAAAAUUCUGAAGGUCACCUGCUAGCAGGCACAUGUUUUCGCCAUCCCAGAGAGAUCUGAAAACUGUUUACGAGGGAAAUGCCAAUUGAAGCUCCAUGUAACUGCUUGCAAUGGAUUAGAAGUACCAAAUAAUCCGAAGCCGAGAACACGCAUUAGCUCAGCUGACUGGCUGCAGCAUAUCCAUUACGAGUUCCAUGUAAUGCCUCAAAGUGUUCGGCGCCGUGGACAGAAACAUUCACUUCCAGCUCUCUAACAGGAUAGCUUGCGUCUUUCCUCCUGUCACACUGGCCAGUAUACAAGCCACCGGAGCGGGGAAUACCUCCGGGGUGACGUGGUGGGCCAUGAUGAACGGGGGUAUUUACGAGGAAAGCCCACCGCCAGCACCGCCACCACAACAGCAAACACCAGCACCCACACCGAUCAGCAGUUCUGGAGGGGUCACCUCCCCCGGGUCAGCAACUGCACCCCCCUCGGUCACCUCUGCGUCUGCAGUACCUCCCCAAACACCUGCCACUACCUCCUCAGGAGGUUCCUCUACGUCCCCUUCAGCCUCCUCAGUCGCCAGUAAUAAUAACACUUCCAACACGGGACCCCUUCACAUACCUGCUAAACGGUUAACGACAGCGUACGGGGAGUGUCCUAAUGUCGAGCCUGGUGGAGGUGUAAUCAGGCACUCACACCACGGGACGCAGCCCUGGAACUACAGCCCGGUUGAAAACCACCACGGGGCCGGUGCCACUGCCUUCGAGCCGGCAGGCGGCCUCAACCACCACCAGUAUGGCAACGCACCCACGUACUACAACCUGGCUGCAGAACCCUCGGCAGGCAGAGAUGGUCGCAAGGCGGCUACAGCCCUCAGCUUCUGGUCGCCUGCUGCUACAGCUGCUGGGGGUGGUGGUGGUGGUGCAAGUACCGGGGGUGGUGGUACAGCGGGGACCACGACGACUGGGGCAGCCGGGGAAUAUGCCAAGUACAGUACCACCGGGUCGGUCUCGUCCGCAGGAGGACCCAGUUCGGACCCUGCGGUGUCGAGUUCGUGCCAUCAGUCAUUCUCAGCUGCGGCGGCCCAGAGCUGGUGCAAUUAUUCACCGUACUCCACCGCCGCUGCUGCGGCCGCCACGAGGCACCACCACCACGUGGUAGACACGCACCACCACCCUCACCACACCCAGGCCGUGCCUUACCUCAACCCUACGGAUGAAGGGAGAAGGGUGGCGGCCGCCAUGGUAGCGGCUGAGAGUGCUGGCUUCACACACGACAGCUACGGCCUCAGAAACUACGCCCCUGAACCGGUACCUUCUACACCCUACCCACCACCAGUGAUGUGGGGUUCCUCCCCAUCUUCUUUCUUCCCGGCAGGUUCCCUGGCCGGCGUCGGGAUGGGGGUCGGCGUCGGCGUCGGUUGUGGCGCCGGAACCAACCCUCUGGAAUGGACGGGCCAAGUGACGGUCCGGAAGAAGCGCAAACCUUAUUCAAAAUUCCAGACUUUAGAAUUGGAGAAAGAAUUCCUGUUCAACGCUUACGUGUCCAAACAGAAACGGUGGGAACUCGCGCGCAAUUUGAAUCUGACGGAGCGGCAAGUGAAGAUCUGGUUUCAGAAUCGAAGGAUGAAGAAUAAGAAGAACAGUCAGCGGCAAGCGGCGCAACAGCAAAAUAACAACAACAACAGCGCCAAUAACCAUAACCAUCACUCCAGCAGUCAGCACCACCAUGGAAGUCACCAUACACAACAACAUCACGUGGUUGCAAGUCAGAAUCACCACGGAGCUACGACAGCAACCAAUGGAACAGUAGCAGUGAAACACCAUCAGUGACCAAUGGCCUUCUCUGGGGUUGUCUUUGGCCAUCACCACCAGUUUCACCACGGAGUCGCCACUUAAUUUUAUAGAAUUGUAACAAGUUCUUUCAGGCACAAAGGAGACGUCCAAACAAAAUAUAAAGUUCUGUUUAUUUAACGAGAUCAAUGUACCUGUUCAGUCGUGACAACCUGCUUGCCGUCUCAGUGCUAACGCACUAAUCUGGUUAAUGAUUCCUUCAGGAUAUUAAAUAAAUGUGAUGAAACCCGAAACUUAAAACCUUACAAAGAUGUAUGGACCACUCCUUUUGGCAUCGAGUCUUAGUAAUAAUUUUUCCAAAUCUUAUCAAAGUGACGGUGCAGAAACGUAAAAUCUUUAUGAGGCCAUAAGCCAUAUAUAAAACUGUCUCUUGAGGAGCUGCUAGUAAGCUUGUCAUUCUUGAACAAAACCCAAUACUGUAAUAAGUUUAUUGGGUGACUUUUCAAAGAGAUAAGUUUGUUUUAAUGCAAUAUAUUGUGGCCAAAUUAAAAGUAAUAUUAUUCACAAAUAAUUUACUUAAAUAAUUUUAAACUGCGACAUUAGACGCAAGAAAAAUUAAAAAGUGAAAUCGGGAAGAAGAAUUUGUUUCUAAAUGCUGAUGCUGAACCAGACAAAGGUCCUCAAGUCACAAUUAAAAUUCAUGAAAUAUUAUGUAAAAUAAUUUGUUUUAAGAGCUCUAUUAAUAACUUUGGAUGUUUAAGUUGCUGUAUGCGGUGUAUUUAAAUUUGACCAUCACAGGUAACUAUUGCAUUCUUUGCUAACAUGUGCCACCAUUCAAUUCAACUUACUUUUGAGAAUAUAUCAGACUUAUGUGCAGCUCAUGACGUGAAAUCGUAUCCAUGCCACACCGAAUAGAAUUCAGAGAAAGGAGAAGGAAUUUGCUUUCGACAUGAUUUCGAAUGAUGAAUUUUGCGUUCUAUAGUACAAAAUGACAGUCUUCAAAGCAGCUUUGAUCAAGGUAAAUAGCCACAUGAUACCAAAAGCAGUAUUGUAUGCACACCUAACGCCUAUGUAAAGUAAGAGGAGUGGCGAAGAUUCUCAUAAAAUUUCGAUAUGGCCAAAUUGCGUUGAGCAAACACAACUGAAGACAACUCCAGAGGCCCCUUCACAAAAAUUAGAAAGGAAAGGGGACAAGAACGUUUAUUUUUAAAAAUAAUAUUUAAAGAACCAAAAAUCCUAAGAGAAUGUGUUUCCUGUGCUCUUUCAGUGUUAAUAUAGAGAGUAAUUUAUGAUAAAUGUUAGUUUCCUUCUAAAGACCCUGCACAAGAAAAUUAGAGAAACAUUUUGUUUCAACGUAUGUAAAUUCUUCGAAUUCAUGAAUUCUUGCUGUGGGACGAGCAUUGUAGUGUCGUCAUACCAUUCAGCAAAUUUUAGUUUCAUCUGCUGUAGAUGCACGAGUUAUUCCAAUGUUGUACAAUCGUGUGGUGAGUCUGAGAAAGAAGGAUUUAGAAUAAAGCAUUGGUGCAAAUGAGAAGUGAUGAAACACUGGAUAGUGAAAACGACUGUUUUUUACUUAUGAAGUUUUAUGUUGUUUUUACCUGUUAUUAGUUUAAUCGGAAUUGAUAUAUUCAGCUGUUAGCUCCGUUUAACGUCCGCUAUUUUAUAUAUAAGUUAUGCAGAAAACAAAGAUUAUGGAAAAAUAGCUGAAUGUGACUGUUAUUGAAACUGUUAAUUGAAAAUGUUACGUUAGACAAUGCCAUGUCUGUGUAAUGUUUUGUUUCUUUAUUAGUGUACUUACUACUGUUUAUUUUUUGGUUCCUGUUAUUCAAGAAGGUAAAAACACCUUUUGUACAAAGGAUCUGCUGCACUAAAAUAGAUGGAACACAAUUUUUAGGAAAUGGAAAAUAAAAUACAAAUAUAAAUUUUGUAUUUAAUAUGUUCGAAGAAUCGGCAAAAACGAGAUAAUCAAAAUCAGUAUAUAAUGAAAACUUACGUCUGUUAUAACAUAAAUUUUCUGACUUUGUAAUAAUUGGCAAGGAGGUAAAAUUUUGGGAAUAUUAAUUGAAACGAAGAUUUAUAAUUUCUGGAUUUAAAGGUUCGUAGUUCGAUGAAAGUUACCGACGUGUCAGUAGGACAUUCUGCUUUCAUCUUCAGAGUCAACGAGUGAACAAAGAACAAGAAGAAGCCUCCAUGAGACACGAAUCUAGAGCUAACUCUCUUCUUGCGUCCUGUUUGAUGUUUGUUUCUUGAAUGUCUUCUUCUUCAACCCUAAAGAUGGAGGCGAUAUGAUCCACCGAAACGUCGUUUGGCACUCAGUAGAUUACACGGCGUUAUAUCCCAGAGGAUAGAAAACUCUUCAUAUUCACAGAUUUGAGAGCCUCAAAUUGAAUAGAAAUUGAUAUGUUGUCAACGAUUGUGUCUGUGUUGCCUUUUUCAUUGAUCUCAUGAAAACUACCACAGUACUUAUUGAAAUUAGAAGUCAGUAUGUUUAUGUACUUCAUCAUUCUUCAAUCUUAGGAAUGACUCGCCGGGAAUAUAUUUCCAAACCAAGGAAACAUACUUUCAGCCUUCCCCCAGGUAACAUCUUUUUAAAAUUCUCUAAAACGUAAAUUAAAUUAAAUAAUAUUUUGAACUCACGUGAAGCAAUACAGAGAUCUGUGCUGAAGUUUAAAGUGGGCUUCAACAUAUUAAGAUUAUUUUCAAAUUAUUUGAUUAUUAUUAUUUGUAUGAAAUUAGUUUAAUGAUUUACAGCAGUUGAUGAGUGAAACCUGUGUUCUGCAAGAGUUAUUUUCAAUUAAUUGGUUCAUCACUGAGAAAUAUAUUAAAUACUUACACAUCUAGAGGCAAGUCAUUUUGUAAAGGCUAAUAUUGUCACUGUAAAUAAUUGCAAUAUUUAAAGGUGACCAAAAAGUUUCAAUUUCUCUGUGUUUUACGAAGGGACAUUGUAUCUAAAGAUUGGGUGUGUAUGACAGAAAAUAAGAGUAUUCUUUAUUAAUGAGAUUUUCCUAGAACUACGCUGUACAGCGAGCAGUAUUGUCUUAAAAUACAUAAGAUAAACACACUAGGCCAUGUAUGUGUUAACAUAUAUAGUUUUAUUGAAGGCUAGUAUGCUCCAGCUCUCAAAGCAUCCAAUAAUUUUUUAGCUCUCAUGUAAUGAUAAAAGGGCUAGUUCAUCCGAAUUAUAUACACAUUACGUAUGGAUGCCAUAGGUUUCGAAGUUUCCAAAAAGCGUUUUAAAAGAUGAGAGUGAAUUUCUUAUUCUCUCUGCAGAAGCUGUAGAAUUCUCCAAAGAAACGUUUCAGCAGCUCAUUUUUUUCUGUGUCAAUGUGAAGCAGGUGUAAACGGAUAGAAAAAUUAUUAAUGAAAUUUAAAUAUAAGAAAGGUUAAUGCAGUAGUGCAGAUUGUUGGAAGAUGUAACUGCUGCAAAAUUGUAUUAUAGUAAUGUAAUUUAAAGUACAUAAUGCCUAUCGUUCUUUUGUUUUUAAGUGUUACAUGUGUGUAUAUCUCUUCAGAAUGGUUAAAAGUUGACCUCAUUACAUUGUAACUGCGUUGUUAUGUAAUGUACAUGUAUAUCCAUGUGAAUGUAGGCUAAUGAACAGUGUGUUUUGUAAUUGGCGCUUCAUAUGUUAACACAUAAUAUUGUAUCAUAAAUAUAACAAUGUUAAUAAGCUAUUAAAGUGGGUGGAAUUUUGAAAUAUAUACUGUAGGAAAUAAUUUUGAAGGUAUCUCUCUUCUGGGAUGUAAAAUCAUGUAGUCUAGCAUGUGUCUAUUGAAAAUAUUUCGAAACGUCGGUAAAUGCAGAAGGCCCAAAUUAUAUAUACACUUCAUCUCACAAAACAUUUGCUUAAAUAAUUUAUUGAUAUACUUCAAUUCAGGUUUUAAAAUCUCCGCAGAUAACAUCUGUUAAACCGUGUUAUAGAGGUUAACUAGAGACAUUUUGAAAGUUGAAGCAAAGGUAUACUAAUAACUUAUUUAAGAAGAUAUUUUGUAAGUUGAAUUAUGUAUAUAUGUUUUUGGCCCCUCUAUAUAUAUCAAAAUGUAUUACGCUACAUUCAGAUGAUAGAAAUCUUCGCAUAAUAUAUUAUUAAAUUCUCAAAUUUCAAAAAAUAAUUUCUAUAAUUGAAAUUAGUUUACCAGGAUAUAUUUUUUAAAGAACUAUACACAUGUCUGUUCGCUAGAAAAGGGAGCGAAUUAGAUGGUGCAUUUUAGUAAAUUAUGAUAACAGAACAAUAUUUCGAAUGUGGCUACACUAUUUAGAAUUAUACUAUAAAAUCAUAAAUGUUACAUAAUGGUAUAGAAUCUGCUCUUAGGAGGUAUAUGUGUUAUGCCUACAUGUCGAAAAUAUAGUUCAUUUGUGUUUUCACUUGUGUAUAAAUAAAAGGAGUGUAAUAUGUGGUGCGCUAAUUAUGAACAGCAACUGUACAUUUGGUGUACCUUAGCUCGUACAUAAAUUAGAUAAAUAACAGGAGAAAAUCGUAGAGUAGGGCCACUUUAUUGUCAUUCAAAAACUCCGUGUGCGUCUCAACAAUUUUUAUACAUAUUAUGAAUUCCUGAAAAACAAAAUAUAAAUAGUUUGAAAUUCGAUUAAAGGUUUAUACUUAAGGAAUAUCAUGUCCUGUUGUAGGUCUAAGGAAUUAGAGUUAUAUAAGUUUGGUUCAAUAAACUAAUAACAGUUAUGUCCAGCGUUAUUUCAGUAUAUUUAAAUCCAUUAAGAUUGUUACACCAGACAAAUUAAAUCAGUUGCUGAAAGUUGAUAAAAUAAUUUGAUGUUUCUUGCAAGUGGGGUAUAUUGAGUUGCUGUGCUGAGGCGUUGCGAAUAAUCCUUGUUAACCAAGAGCACAUACAUUCCACUCCAUCAUCAGCCUCUGCGUUAUUUUCAUUCUCGGAAGAGGAUACAACAGACGCGGCGCCCCUAAUUUAUUACAUAUUAAACUAGUGGAUUAUUUCUGAUUUUUGAAAAUAAUUCACCCUUAUUUUUUCGAAAACAUGAAUACAAAACAGACAAUUAAAACAAUUUCCCUCCAUUAAGAUAUGUCCCGAAAAAGUAAAUUGGCAAAACCGAUCUCUAGGUAAACGAAUUUUCUAAUAUAGAUUGUAAUAGAUUUCUUUCAAAUACAUUGAUCAUUUUGUAUUCGGAAGAAAGAUGUAUGUAUGUUUGGAAAAAUUAUAAUUAAUUUUUAUUUGCCUUAGAAUACUUUUCAUGCCAAAUUAGUAGGAUUACAUAUACAAAUUCUGUUAUGUUGAGAAUAAACAAAGUCCUAUUUUAUAGAUGAAAUGGCCAUUUACUUCUGUGCAAUGAACCUAGUAGUUUCUCUAGUGAUAAGAGCUGUUAUGUUGGCGUUUAAACAAAGCAGGAGGUAGUUUUGUUUGAAUUUUGAAAAAUAUAUUUUGUUAUAUUAAAUUGGUGAUAGUGAAAUAAGAUUUGAAAUUUUAAAAAAGAUAUUGUUUCAACAGUUUAAACCUGAAAAUAAUAGAAUUUAUUGGUUUUAUUAUUUUGAUUUUAUCUUUUAGGAAACGGUGUAAUCAAUGCAAGAUCUGUGUAUGAUCUUGCAAUGGAAAAUAUUUGAUCCCACCCACAUGUCUACAUACAUGUUAGAAAGUGACAGAAUACAGUAAAUCCACAUGUUCAUUCUCUCCAACUUUAGAAAAAAAUCUAAGCAUGAGAAACAGACUGAAGAGAUGAAUUAAUGAGUACUUUUAUUUAGGGGGGGGGUAAGAAUAUUACAUGUACUUAUGACCUAAUAUUGAAAUUCAGUCAACAUACAUUUAAAAGUGGAAACCAUUUUGUAAGCAACUAUUUUUAUUAGACUUAUGCAUACCUGAACUUAAAUAAGUUUUCAAACAGGAAAAAAUAAACAAGUUAAUUCAGCUUUGGAGCAUAAAUAAAUAUAUUGUUAGGUAUAAUAUUAAAUGUGCAAUAAUAUCACAUCAAAUCUGUUUCCUUUGAUGAAGGGAGACCCUUCAUACCUUCACUGUUCUCGUUCUUUUCUAAGUCGAAAAUACCAGCCUAAUUUUGCUGAUAAUUUUCAUUCUUGUUUGACGUGUAUGUAUUCGUGUGUGGAAAAGAAAGUAUGAAUGAAUGAAUAUAAUUUUAAUCUUUAGGUAUUACAAACAGCUGUCUCAUCUUUUAUAUAUAAACUAAAUUAGCCUAAUAGUUACUAUUUGUCGAUAUUGUUGUGUUCAAAUGUUGAUGCGAUAUAAAUAUUAAGAUUAUUAAGUGUCGUACUUUGUCCGCAUAUUAUGUGUUUUAUAAACAUUGUUUUUAAUUGUCUGUAUAAAAAUAAAGCAUUUUGAAUUACGGCGGUGAUAUUUUGUAUGUUGCAAGUGCGCUAAAUAUAUAGAUGAAAAGGUGUCCUUUUGAUUAUUAUUUUUUCGUGCUGUCUUAAUCAUGAGAUUGUUUUGCCUAUGUAUUCUGUAAAUAAAACGAGGCUUAUUUACAAGAAACCUAA